AUGUCGGCACUGCUUUCUCUUCCACGAAAGCUGAGAGAUCAGAUCCUUGAGGACCUCGCGAGACUUUCUGUCGACCCUCCGAAGGACAAUGCCGCACUCCAUGCGCAAGAGCGCAUGGCCAUACCAGGAAGCGAUACAUCGGCCUGGUAUGGCACGGAAAAAAUCCAUUUCGAGAACCACCCGACACAUGCGAAAUCCCUCAGACCCUUGAUGCUGGUAAACCAUCAAUUGCGUGCCGAGACAGAAGAAUUACUUCGACGCUCCCCUGCGAAACCAGUGAGCUACGUCCUCGACGUCCUUUACUGCCGGAACGUUCACAUGUACCCAACCUGGCUAUGUGUCCCCGUCGUCUCAGCAAACGUGGACACCCUCUACACGCAAUUCAGGAUCUCCAAUGUGCCGGAUGCCGCCACGUGGUCAUUUAGUGGCGGAGAUGGCGGACCCGAAUGCAUAGUCUGGCCUUUCUACCAUCUGCUUCGAGGCAUCUUGCGCUUCGGGCCCCAGGGGAAGAGAGUCGGAACACAGAGCGGGAAGAAGGGCCGGAGAAAGAAGAAUUGCUACUCUACUUCGGCGGGGCAGGGCAUCACAGUGAAAAAUUUGGUUAUCGACUUCCAACCGACCGCGUGGCCCAGCGUGUUACCGUUGGCGGUUUACCAUCGGCAAGGACGGGAUGAAUUGAACGACUACUGCCGCGACAGGGUGCCAAGGGACUGGAACGCUCUUUCUGAUAACCGUCUAUUCACCGGCGACAUUAUGAGGGAAUGGGUCAUUCGUUACCUUGAGGUUCUGUUAGUGCAGUGCAGUUACAAUGUCCUGCCAUUCGCUACGUUCUUCUUCGGGAGGCUGGGGAGCGUCGCGAUACGCGUCGACGGGACAUUGAAGAAACGCUUCGAUCUCGGCUGUCUUUUCUCGAGACUUGCGUUAUGGAUCCACCCUAACAGCAGCUCUUAUGAGGCACGCCAUGCCCUGUCCUGGCUAUGGAAAGAGAAAGCGGCGGAGAAGAGGAAAGCCGCUGGGCCGAUGGUUACUGCUGCAGAAGGCGAGGAAGACGCAAAAGAUUGA